AUGAUGUCCAAGCAGCCGGGCUACCAGAACUCCGGCUACAAGCUCUUCGACGGUGGCUUUGCGACGCUGAUGAGCCUCGAGAAAGGGCCGCUGAGCGAAUGGCCUGAGGAAGAAAGGACGGCGUUAUAUGAGACGUUCAAAAAGGCGUUUGGUAGCUUGGAAGACGAGUUGGACGAUUGCGCGAAGAAUGGCAAACAAGCCUUCGUAAAAGAACACACAAUCUUCCUCUCGGGCCCCGACCGCCUCUUCUCCACCGUCUACCCGUCCGACAACCCCCCAGCCCUAACCAUCCACCCACGCAAUGCCUCCCCUUCCUCCCCUCUUACGCACACAAACCCCACCUCAGUCCCCGACUCCCUCCUCCUCACUCUCCAACCCAUCUUCCAAAUCCGACACCCAAUCCUAAUGUUCCCAUCCAUGCUGCGCGCGCAGAAGGAUUCGUUUCCGGAUACUAAGCCAAGGACGUUGUAUACUCCCUCCGCCGUCCGCCAGUUGUGCCUGCAAACGGGUCUGGAUCCAGAGUCUGUGCUGUACGAGUGGGAGGAGAAGAAGAUUGAAGAUAAUCCGCUCAUGGCGCGUUUCCUCAGUACGAUCAACGCAUCCAAGGGCAUUAAGAAGGGGUAUGAAGCCAAAGGUUUAACGAUGGAAGUCGAGAGGAAGAAGUGGGUGGACGAGUGGAACGAGGAGUUUGCCGCGGAUUUGGAGGAUUUUGUGAGUAGGGCGAUGGAUGAUUAUGAGUUUCUUUGGGAGAGGAGGGUUACGGGGGAGGGGUUGGAGGAGAAGUAG